GCAUACAUGUGAUCUGUUUUCCAUAGGUGAAUACAGUAAUCCGAUUGGAGAGCCAGCAUGAGCAACGUCUCUAUGUUGGCCUUGGCUCUCUUGAGCCUCGCGUCCGCCUCUUACAGUCGGGUCCUCGAGGACGGAAUCAAGGCGUUGAUCGGGAACGGAUUCGGCGUCGACGUGGACCCCCACGAGUCCUUGAAAAACGUUCGGGAGAUGCUGAUGAAGAAGGCAGCUGAGUUCCACCACCAGAGUCACAUCGAUCCACUGAAGUUUCCUCCGGAGGUCAAGGACGACCUUGACCGCGAUACGCCAGGACUGAUAGCACAGCACGGGUACCCUGCGGAGACGUACACGGUCACGACAGCAGAUGGCUACAUCAUAGACAUGCACAGGAUCCCGUAUGGGCUGAAUGGCCCAGGCGAGGGACCCCGGAUCCCUGUCAUGCUCCAACACGGUCUUCUUUGCUCCUCCGCCGACUGGGUUGUCACCGGACCCGAAAGGGCGUUUGGCUUCAUGUUGGCGGAUGCAGGCUACGAUGUUUGGCUCGGGAACGUGAGGGGGAACACCUACGGCAAACGCCAUGUCAGCUUGUCCACCAGCGAUGAAGCUUUCUGGGCUUUCAGUUGGGAUCAGAUGGGAGAGUUUGAUCUGCCGGCGAUGCUGGACAAGAUCUUUGAGGUGACGGGACAAGACAAACUACAAUAUGUUGGGCACAGCAUGGGCACGAUGAUGUUUUGGGUCAUGAGCAACAUGAGACCUGAAUAUCGAGAUCAUUUUCUGAGUAUGCACGGAAUGGGACCAGUUUCUAGGGUUGACCACAUGUUCAGCCCCCUUCGACUCAUCGCUCCCUUUACAAAUCAACUCCAGUGGUUGAUGGACAUGUUGGGCAUGGAAGAAUUCAUGCCGAGCUCCGCCUUCUUGGAUUUCUUGGCCGCCUUCGUCUGCGGUGAGGACUGGAGUUCUAUCUUCUGCAGUUCCAUCAUCUUCCUCAUCUGCGGCUUUGACGAAGCGCAGCUGGAUACGGAGCAACUUCCAUUGAUCCUGUCCAAUACGCCAGCGGGGACGUCUACGCAAAACAUCAUUCAUUUUGGCCAACUGGUGAAUGCAAAAAAAUUCCAGCAUUUCGAUUGGGGGAGAGAUGGAAAUUUGGAACACUAUGGCCAAGAGCAACCUCCCGAGUAUGACCUGACCAAGGUCAACACGCCGGUCUUCCUCUACUACGGCGAAAACGACUGGCUUGCCGACCCCGAAGACGUUGCCUGGUUGGCAAGCAACGUACCGAGCCUGAUCGAUAAUUACCGAAUUCCCUUUGACGCCUGGAAUCAUCUGGACUUCCUUUGGGGAAUCGACGCUAAGAGUUUUGUCUUCGACAGGACGCUUGAAAUGAUGAAACUCUUCGAGCCAUGAAAAGAAAUAUAGGAGGAAUUGAUAGAAUCACAA